AUGAAGGCCUACAAAUUCAUUGCAAUCUUUGUAGGGCAGGCCUUUGCGGCUUCAAGCUCGGAUCUCGAAACACCGGGCACCUUGAAGGGCACAACCGCAAACGCAGCCAGCGAGCUGCAGCUCAGUGGUCAAGCCACUCAAGUUAUUCGAGAUGACGCAAAGGCAGCAUACCACGACUACAACCCCAGGAGCGUCAAACGCCAGAUUACCACGACCCCAGCAAUUGUGUAUCGUGUAGACACAUUGUCCCCCAAGCAAGUCAGGGCACAGGGAGGAUUCCCACCUCGGCAGUCGAGUCUAGCCGAGCGAGAAUUCCUGGCAACCGGCGGCAUCCGAUGGGACCAGGUCAUCAGCUCUACUCGUCUGCGUAACGGCAGAGACACACCUGGGAAAGAUAGAGUGGUACGGCGCAACAAGGACUACAAUGCCAUCUACAACGAGCUCAGGGCCGGCGGGCCGCAGUACCAGCUUGCUGGGUUCCCCAAAGGUCACGAGGCGUGGACCAAGGAGCGAUGGAGUCCCUAUCUGGAGGCAGACAUCUCAGAGAGCGGCCUCAGAUUCGCAGACGAAAGUGGCAAGGCGGUAGGAUUAAGCAGAGACAGUCCGUUGCAGUUUGACAUUACGUACAAAGUUGGCAAGGCAAGCGCCUUCUAUAGGCCUUCGCCGAAAAAAAACAAAGACCUGCCGCCGUCUAAAGGGAAAGGACAGGAGAAUUCUGUGCUUUGCCGACGGUCAGGACAGACGUCACAGGAUUGCGACGACCGCCGAGAAGAAGAGGUGGCAGAGGAGGAGCCCCCAGCAGGUGCUAAGCAGAUCGAGGCCGCCAGACGGGCUGAGAGCGUAUCAGACAAAGAGUUUGUCGAGCUGGCAACAAAAUACGAGCUGAGCAGGGUGCCAUGGGAGUGGCAAGCAGAGGGUAUAAAGUCGCUCUCAGACGUCCGAACAAAGCUCCUUGCGUAUAGGCCGAUUGAGCCGACUUCGCCAAGAUUACGUCCUGGAAAUGGCGGCGCAAUUAUGAAGGUUGUCGGAGAGGCGGGAGAGGCCUUAUGGGUAACCUCCGUUGUUCAUGCCUUCGUCACAAACUCAACCGCCUUGGGCCGGGCGGCGGCCAUCACGGCCAUCAUCCCCUUUGUGGGCUGUGCUGUCAAUACUGCGGCUGAAGUCGAAGAGAGGGAGGACUCUGCCAUCAUCACCAUUGACUCGGCCUUGUGCUUCAUUGGUGAUGCCUUGAUUCUGGGCGGCCUGGUCCCUCUUGGUUUUGUUUUUCACUUGGCUCGAAUCAUUAUCCAAGCCUUUACUCCCCCUCCUGAACCUCCAACCAAGGAGGAGUUGCUCAAGGUCCGCGACGAGCUUUGGAAUCAUUUUCUCCAUGAGCAUGUCUUUAGAUACAUAUACUCGCACAGCUACAACGACCCGAAGCAAGAGUUUGCUUUCAAGUUGAAUAAUACUCUUGCCAUCACUUCAAGGAGCGUCGUGUCUGAGGCCGCGCAGACCAUCGGCGCGCUUAAUGCUAGCAGCGAAAUACACGAGUCGUACAUGGACUCGGAGCCAGGACUGGAUCCAGUGAAGCUCGAGACUGGCUCACGAGAAGCCAUUGGAAAGAUAAGAGACUCUUUGGCUGCUGAGAUUUUGCGCAAGCAGCGCGAAGUAAUACUUGGUAUCCCGACGGCUUUACACGAGGGCGAGGCCCUCUCACUUAGGGAGACGGGCGAAGCGUUCAACACGAAGUUCAUCACUCGUCUGACAAGCCGAGAGACCGUCGAAGCGUAUUCGCCGCUGAAGUGGAAGCAGUUUUUCUUGGAGGGACUUUUAAUGCUCGGACCAGGUCCAGGAGACGCUUUUUUGACGCCGCGCAUUGAGGAGUACCCCUAUCAGCAUGCUCGCGCGCACUUGGUCAGGGCUGGAGAAUAUCUGAAAGCUGUGCCUGUAAUGAUGCCGCGCAUUUUGGAUACCGCCUUCGUUAUUGGCCAGUCAAAGGGACUGGCAGAUAUUCACCGGCGCCUUCUGUCAGGGCGCGAUUAUAUCAAGCAGGAGGCGAAGAGAUUGGGGGGAUUCGAUUUGCCAGACACCUCUGUUGAUGUGUUUGCUAUUCUGCAGGCAAUCGACGUCGCGAAAGUGCUCCAGGGUCGGCUCAAGGAAGAGAACAUCACCAGGGUCUUCCCCGUCGAGAAUGACGAAGCAUGCCGCGGACUGCAACUUCUACUUGCUAUGAAAUGCGGCAGGCUUUACGAGGAUGCAAAGCUCGAGGCAGCCGAGAGGGAGAGGCGAAGAAAUCCCUGGAUCCUUAGUACCGAGCCUCCCGAGGGACUCGUCAAUCCACUCAUUCCCCCUAUCCCACGGGAUCCUGACGGAUUUCUCGUGAGCCUGAUGCUUGGAAUUAUAGAUACAGUUCUUGACGUGGAAUAUGAUGAAUCGGCCAACGGUCCACUGAGAGACGAGUUGGACAGGAUACAAACACGUCUCACGAAGCUUCGAGAAAUGGUACAAGAUACCGUGGCCUUGGCUAGCUUUGGGCAGAAAGAAUCAAACCACAGAGCACCCCAACUGGUGUAA